CGCUGGAGGAGGAUGUGGGCGAAGAGCGGGGUGCUGCGGCCCUGGGCUCUAAUCUUGGCCCGGUCCCCGGGAGCCCGGACCUACGCUGGGGGCGGGGGCGUCUCCUACACUCAGGGCCAGAGCCCAGAGCCUCGGACGCGCGAGUACUUUUACUAUGUGGAUCAUCAGGGCCAGCUUUUCCUGGACGACUCCAGAAUGAAGAACUUUACCACUUGCUUCAAAGACCCGCAGUUCCUGGUCAUGUUUUUCUCCCGCCUGACACCCAACCGCAGCGGGCGCUACGAGGCCUCCUUCCCCUUCCUCUCGCUCUGCGGCAGGGAACGCAACUUCCUACGCUGCGAAGACCGGCCCGUGGUCUUCACGCACCUGCUGGCCGCGGGCCCAGCGCUCCAGCGCCUCUCCUACUGCGGCGGCGGCGAGGCCCUGGCUGUGCCCUUCGAGCCUGCGCGCCUGCUGCCGCUGGCCACGAAUGGGCGUCUCUACCACCCAGCGCCGGAGCGCGCAGGCGGCGUGGGCCUGGUGCGAUCGGCCCUGGCCUUCGAGCUCAGCGCUUGCUUCGAGUACGCGCCAGGCUCGCCCGAGCUGCCUUCGCACGUGCGCUGGCAGGGCCGCCGUUUCGCACUCACCAUGGACCUGGCCCCGCUCCUGCUUGCUGCCCCGCCACCCUGAACCGCGGGCCAGCAGCCGCUGGCACCCGCGGCGCCCCGGGCCGCCUCGCUGCGCACGCGCCACCCGGAGAGCGCGCUGGCCGAGUGCGCGUGCGCGGCGAAGGUGCGCCGCGGCCCCGCCCCGCCGGCGCUGUCCGAGGUGGCGCCGCGGACCGUGUCCCGACGCCGGCAGGGGCGGGGUCUCGGGGGCCCUACUCCCUCCACACACCCCCGGCCUGGGGCGUUUUCGUCCUCUGGUCUGCCGGGCGCUCGCGACGGCGGAUCGGGACGGCCGGGCGGGAGGCGCGGGGGCUCCAGUGCGCGAGCCCGAGCGGCGCCCGCCCCUCGCCCGCCGGGUGCUGCUCUCUGGGCCGGGGUUCGGCGGGGGAGCCGCGCCGCGGGAGCGUCAGGUGAGGGGGCGCCCGGCCCAAGGUCAGCGGGCAUGGGGCGGGAUCAGGGCCCAUCCCGGCUCUCUCUGGCGACUACCGAGAAGGGCGUGCGACCUGACGGGGACCACGCCCUGCCCUGGACAGACCGCGCCGGAGGGGAUGCAGGGGGCGCCUCGGGAGAUCAAGGUUCGGGCCUCGCACUGCGUGGAAGAGCGAAGCGGGGCUUCCUCCAUUAUCUCUUCACUCAGCCCUCCUCGCACAGAUGGGCCCCCUGGAGACUGACAGCUGUUGCCAAAUCCAGUAUGUUACACCCCACCUCCUACCCAGUCAGAUUAGGAGGGUUUCCGCUGGGUUAAAGUAUUUCUGACCUCUUCCUACUUGAGUCCUCAUGCCCAGGCCAGCUCUUCCACACGUAUCAACAUCUAGGGGGUGUCCACGUGAGCAGCAAUCCUCUUAAGUCCUUAAGAGGAGGCCAAGAAUCUUCUCUGAGAGGCCCUGCCGCUGAAAGAUGGGUGGGCACCCUAGGCCAGCCCUUUUGCUGAGGGAAGUGGGUCCCAGGGGCUGAGAAUGCCCCCCAACUUCUUGGGGUUCACACACAUUCUGAGACAUCUGGAAAUUGCCUCUGCCUAGACCAAAGCAAUUACAUUAAAACUUUCACUGUG